AUGGCGUCAGCCGCCGCGUCCGCAGUGGCUCUAGUUGAAGCGGCUAAGAAGGCCGCCGCAGCUCGCGCAGUAGCCAACCACUUGCUUCCCAGCCACCGUCACGUCGGCAUCGGCUCCGGCAGCACCGUCGUGCAUGUCGUCGACGCCAUCGCCGCCCAGGGCCCGUCCUUCUGGGGGAACAUGACUUUCUACCCAACGGGGAGCCAGAGCAAAGGUCUCAUCCGCGCCGUGGGGCUGCGCCUUUGCCACCUGGACGAGCGGCCGGUUGUCCCGGAGACGGGCCGGCUCGUGGAGCUGGACGUCGCUUUCGAUGGGGCCGAUGAGGUCGACGAUGAGCUUAACUGCAUCAAGGGAGGUGGCGCGUGUCUUCUCCAAGAGAAACUGGUUGCCGUGGCGGCAAAGAAAUUUGUUGUCGUUGCUGACUACCGUAAACUAUCACCACGUCUCUGCACCAAGUGGAAAGCCAUUCCCAUUGAAGUCCUUCCCAUGGCCGCCCCAGAUGUAGUCGACCGUCUAACGGCCUUGGGCGCCCUGCAGCCUACCGUUCGCCCUGGCACCCCAGGAAAGGCGGGUGAAGUCGUCACUGACAACGGCAUGUGGAUUAUCGAUGCCCCCUUUCCCCCUCUUCUGCUCGACAAAGAGCUGGCAUCGGCAGGCAUUACCACCGGCCGAGAUGCUGGCGGGAACUGGGGCGUCAGCGCGCUGGCGGACGAGCUCCUACGGAUUCCCGGUAUUGUCGAAGUGGGGUUGUUCUACGGACUCGACGGAGCGCAGGCCGCAACUCUGGGCAAGUCGGGUCUAGCACAGAAACCUGUUGCUGCCUACUUUGGAAUGGAAGAUGGAAGUGUCCAGACUAAGGUGGUCGAGUAA